CUGUUUGCCAGCCACACUAAGCUGAAAGGACUAUAACCACUGUCACAAUGUGCAAAGGACUAGCUGUGCUGCCUGCCACAUACUUUGAAAGAGUGAAAGAACUUAAGGCUCGCAUUAGGAGCCUUCUCAAGAGGCAAGACUGGAGUCGUCCCUGCUUGUCCUAUAAAGGAGGAAAACCCAGACCUACCUUGGAGGAAUGUUUGCAGUGGAAACAAUCUUUUGAAAAGCUUCUGUCGAGCAAACAUGGAUUGUAUGUCUUCAGGGCCUUCUUGACUUCAGAGUUCAGUGAGGAGAACAUCGCCUUUUACCUCGCCUGUGAAGACUUCAAAAAGACCAAAUUAGUAGCCAGGCUACCAUCCAAAGCAGAGAGAAUAUACAAUGAGUUCAUUGGGACUGAAGCACCCAGAGAGGUUAAUAUUGACCAUGAGACCCAGGAGAUCACCAAAGCCAACUUGCUUCACCCCACAACAUCCUGCUUUGAUAUGGCGCAGUACCGGAUCUAUAUCCUGAUGGAGAAAGACUGCUAUCCACGGUUCCUGCGGUCAUCCGUAUACCGAGACCUCGUCAACCAGCACACACUCAACAAGCAGCGUCCGAUGUGCCAGAAAAAGGCUUGAACCAAGCAGGUGACCACAAUCAUCAUUUCUAAUCACAAGAGAAAAAGAGGUCAGCAGAGUCCAACAGAGAAGAAGUGUGGACACAAGGAUGGUAGAGGAUCACUGGUCGUCGUAAGGAUGGUGGUUUUACGAGGACAGUUGGAGGUUCGAGGACAAUGGCUGACCAAAGAUGGGACAGGUGGAGAUAGACAGCACCUGCAUGCCUGGGGAAGAGCGGCCGAGACAGGAAGUAGUGGUGAUGGAGCAGAGUCGAAGACUGCUGCCUCCUACAUGCACAAACAGAGUGAAUGUUCUGAAACAGGAAAAGCACUUAUGCAACCAGAGAAGCUGCUAAGCUGACUAAAAUGGAGGACUCUGAAAGAUGGAGGCUUGAAGCACUCCAUAUAGACUAGAGUACACAUAUACAUAACUUUGAUUUUUUUUAUAGAAUUGUAUUUAUUUAUUUAUUAAUGUAUUUAUAAAGUCAUGGAAAAAAGCUCAUUGAACGUGGAUUGAAAAUGUCUUUGAAGAUAGGAAAAGAUGUCCAAUACUUUUUCAUCUCUCUUUCUAAUGGAAAACAGAAUAAAAUAUUUAAAUUGUAAA